CCCACCGCACAUAUAGUGGGUCUGUGUCGGAAUAGGCGGCGAUCGAGCUAAUUUUACAGCGGUGUUGGCCAGCGCUGGUUCUCUACUUGCUAACUGAAUUAUAACGGAGGGGCCAGCGGCCGCAGCAAGACGCACGCACGCCGAGCUCCACAGCAACAGUCAUGGUCAGCAACCCUUUGGGCACAAGUGCCUCCGAGCACAAGGAACACACCCCCAUGCAAGUCCUCCAGUUCAAGGUUGUGACGCUGAUCGACAACAAGGAGGAAAUUGACGAGUUCAAUGACACAAUCGACAAGUACAUGACGAACCACAAGGUCGUGGCACUGGUUAAAGGCCUGAAACAAAUCAUAAAACUGCCAGCACGGUUGCAGCUCUUUGACGACGUCAGACGCAUCGUGCCGCUGAGCCAGCAAAUGGAGUACAACCUUUUGGUGCCAUACACCUCAAACAGGACCAGAAAUGUCGAGCUCCAGCGACGAGGCCCUUCUUACGGAUUUGGUUUCUCGAUUCGGGGCGGUCGUGAACACGGAACCGGCUUCUUUGUUUCGUUUGUCGAAGCAAACUCGGAGGCCUUUUUCCAAGGCCUCAAGAUUGGAGACCAGAUCGUCCGAAUCAAUGGUUUUUCAGUCGAAUACGCGAUUCACAGGGAAGUCCUUCAACUCAUCCAGAGCAGCACCCACCUCUAUCUGAAAGUUCGCAGCGUUGGAAUGAUUCCAGUCAAAGAUGGCAACUUUGACAUGACCGAGGAAGAACUGUCCAUCUUGCUGCAUUACAAUAACAGACCCGAGCGGGUUUCCCUGCCUUCGAACAUUGGUUCCUCCAGACGCUCGGGUGUUGACACAACCAGACACGUGCCACCCAGUCUGGGAGAAACUGGCCGUAGCAUCAGUCUGAACUCCGUAACCAAGAAACACGACUCGUUGACCUGGCAGAUGGUCGAAGGACAACGGUCCGUUUCACCUACCCACUCUUCAGGUCGCACUCUGACACGCACAUACUCAGAGGGCUCAAUACUUGACAGGCAAAUCGAAGAGACCAGGGACAUCAAACUGUACCUGGACCUGACCGAACAUUCAAGCUUAGGCGUCAGCAUCUGCAAGGGAACAAAACAGCGACCUGGAAUUUUCAUUCAAAGCACUCGCGAGAACAGUUUGGCCCAGGAGGCUGGAUUCCUCCCUGGAGACCAAAUUAUCGAAUGCAACGGCUCCAAUUUCGAGGACAUUGAAUUCAAAGAGGCUGUAAAAAUUUUGAAAGAUUCAAAACAUCUCGAUCUUGUGAUCAGACGGGGAGUCGUCGGGAUGGAAUUUUUCGGUGAGAGUUCUGGUUACAAUUCGUCAUCAAGCAGUGUCAAUGGUGAUCACCACACAGAUGGAAGCAAACGCCUUUCCUUGAUUACGGAAGACCCGGAGGACGGCGAACGUAGCCGGUCUAACAGCCGUAGAGGCCCUGAUGAAGCUCUGACCGUUGUGAUGGAACAUCCUGCUGACACAGUUGAUUCUAAGGAGACUUUGGUCCGAGUUUUAGUGCACAGAGAGGCUGAUGAGGAGCAUCAUCACACCAUGAACCCACUGGCUCAGAGCUCUUCGGGAAGCUCUCUUUCCAGUUUUUCCUCCGCCGUCAGUCUUGAAGCCAAACGCAGAGCAGAGAGGCGCGAAGUAGAUGACAAUAUCAGCAUUUCGUCGGACAUGCGACGGCCAAGCAGGGACGUGACCAUCAAGGCCCUGCCGGCCGAGAGGAGGGAAAAGCAUGCGCAGCUCAUGCAGGAAUUCCAACAAGUCCACAAGACCAUGUUUUCCAGCAACAACACCAGAGAAUUCAGCACCUACCAGGAUAGGGCCGAGAGCGCGAGAAAACUUUCAGAAAGAAACGCAGCCGCCGCAAAUGCAGCCACCAGACAGGUGAUGUACCUGGAAAGAAGGUCGAGCGAGUCCGUCGAGAUGCCCUCAAUGGACACGCUCACCCUGAACCGCGGCUCAAACGGCCAGAUCAAGCCGCCGGCCGUCUACUUUGGCGGCAAACCCGGCAAGAGCACCCCUGGGGUGGUCACCAUCAACGAGUACCCGACGGACCGACGACCGAGCCCCAACAAACUGGACUUCCUGCCGCACACCAAUGGACAACACAACGGAACCCACCAACAUGACGACCCGCAAGGAGCCCUAUCCAGUGAACUGCACUCUACACUGUCCAGAUCUAAUCGGCGACAGUUGUCGGAGCCAAUGCCAACCCCUCCGCCGCCACCACUGUCCCCGCACCUCCAAGAAAACCACCACGAGCCACCCCGACAGGCAAAAGACCAGGAACGCGAACCGGUCAGGGUAGAGGUCAACGGAGACAGCGCCGAUGCCCGAAGCAGGGCCCGCACCAAGCUCCAGGCCAUUCACGCCCUGGCCAGGGCGAGGUCACCACCCCCUGUGGUGGCCAAGAAGCCCAUCGCCAUCCCCUACACUGAACUGGUCAACGCGAGAAACCAGUUGUUGUUCGACGACGCGCUCAGGAUCCAGAACUACCAUGAUGACGUGCAUUCAAAUUCAGGAGUAAAUCAGCACCCCAGGUGAAUAAUUGGAGGACUGAAUGUGAAGAGAUAAAAAUUAGUCGUCGAGGGAAGCGAAGAUUAAAAAAUUUAUGCUUGAAGCCUCUUUCAUAAUAUACAUUAUAAUACUUAGUCCGAUAUAUUAUAUUUUUGAGUAGGAUAUUUUUUCAAAGAAAAUCAAUUUAUAUAAACACAUGAAAGUGGUAGCAGUAGCCAUCAAACAAUUGAUAAUACAAAUUAAUGGCCUGUAAAUAAUUACGGAUUCAAAUGAAUAAAGAAAGUAAUCAAUAGCAAUUUUUUAUUAUGAAAGUGUUGAUUUUGGUUAUUUCUUUUUGUUAGAUGCUGUAUUUAUGGCCAAUAAUCAAUAAUGCAAUAAUUAACAAUUUGUUUGCAUCAUCUGUACUUUAUGUGAUUGAGAUUUCUAAAAAAAAGUUGGCUUAUUCAUUGGUGAUGAUCAUUCCAUCAUUUGUAUAUUUGUAUUUCAUAGAUAUAUUCAUAAUUAAAUAUCCUAUUGAGAAUUAUAUGAGUUGUGAAUAUUCUGAACUUAAAUAAAUUGAAAAAAAAAAAAUAUUUUUUGGCUAUCACUAAAUUUUGAGAUUUUUUCAAAUACUUUUAUUAGUGAGUUUUCAGAUGUUUUAUUUCAAAUAAAAAUUGUGGUAAAGAUGCAAUUACAAAACU